GUAAAUAACUUAAGUGCAAAUAAUGAAAUACUUGUAAAUUUGAAUAAAAAUUGGUAAGUCAAAGUUUGGAAAUUGAAGAUAGGUAAAUGUCUUAAUAUACUUGAAAGUACAGUGUAUUAUUAGAUAAGGAUUCUUAUUAAGUAUUUAUUCACUACAUCUGAUUACAUAUGACUAUAUUCACUUAAAAGUGGAAUCACUUAUAAAUAAUAUAGAGAGGAUAUUGUGGAUUGAUUUAAUCAAUGUUCUAAAGUCCAAAAGAUUCAAUAUUCUAUAAAUGUGCAUUCGAUUAAUAUUUAUUGGAUACUCAUAGAGGGAAUAAAGUUAUAGUACUAAAUUUUAAAUUUCAGACUGAGUAUGGAGAAAUAUUUUAUAAUUAAGGUACUAUUUUGCAGUGUUCAAGAGGGAACCAAAUAAUUUUAUUGAAUUGUAAUUUUUUAAGUUGGAAUGAUAUAAUUCUAAAUAUAAAUUAAUGGCUAUGUAGCUUAAGUUGA